GCAGAAACCCCGCGAAAAUCGUCGAGGUCGUCGCAUUCGAUUUUUCUACCGCCGAUGGGAGUGAAGGGGAAAGUCAAAGGACGGAAAAAUGAUCACCGUGCCGAUAUCCGCUUCCAGUCCUUACGUGAAGGUUACGUCCUACAGCGAUGCGAGCGCCAUUGGCAAAAAGCCUGCAGCUCAGCAAUUCCUGAGAGACAUGAAGGAACAAUCGGCCUCUUCCCGAUUCGAGGGCAGAGAGGUACCCCAACGGUCGCAGAGUAGCGCGGCCAGCCUGAUGUCCUUGGGUGCUGACAUAUCUCCUAGUUCUUCCCAUUUCUUCGAGGUUCUUUACGUCGGGAAAAUUAAAGUAUCGCAUCCGAAGGUAUCGGAGGCCUUUAUCGACGAUGCGCUCGUACGGUUUCGCGUUCACGGUCUCGAGAAAACGAGAUCCUCGGCUAGUAAUCUUCUCGCCGAGUAUCAGCGUCAAUCAAUUUUAACGUCUUCCAAUAACAGAAGAAACAGCACGGAAUCCAGCGCCAGCGAGACAGGAAGUAUAGAAAAUGUCUCGGGAAGCGGCAUCAUAUCACCGAUUAAUCCGCUGGGAGUACACCCGACGCUCACCGGCUCCGUGGAAGCCUUUCCGAAGCCGCAGAACGCCAGCCUCGCGGAGAAAGACGAACACGAGGAAAAUCGGGACACCGCGAACAACAAUUCCAUGCAAGUGCCGGAAGUGAUGCGAAAUCGGGCGUUGUCCACGGGCAGCGUUUUGAAUCCUAGAAGGGAUUCGAUGGCAAGAGGGAGCGACGAGCACAAUCGUACGAUGCUCUUCCAGGUAGGCCGUUACGAUUUGAGAUUGAUCAGUCCGGACAGAAAACAGGUACUCCUUCAUAAGCAACUGAGGGACGUGGCCAGUUGCGUGCAAGGUGUCAGGAACCCGGAGCACUUUGGUUUCAUUUGCAAAGAGAUUAAUAUAGAUUGCUUCAUCGGCUAUGUGUUCAAGUGCCAGUCGGAAUCCGUCGCGGACGACCUUGUCUCUGCUAUUUCGCAAGCAUUCGUUGGCACAUGCGAGGUUCCGCGAAAGGAAAGGUACUCUGUAUUUUCGUGUGAACACUGCCCCAUGUAUUGGUACAACAAACUGUACCAGGAAAUCGACGGACAGAACGAUAGGAGGACUCAGAGCAUAAUUUUCUCGCGAAUGGAACUGCUGCCGGAGGACGAACAGGAGAUGGUAGUGAACAAGUACAAAAGCGCCGAGUCCGCUGGCGGCACCGGGGCAACGUUGCGCGAGCAAAAUCAGUUUUUAAUGAGGCUGCUGCGCGUUCACUGCGAGACGAAGCAAGCCAGGCAUGUUCACGAUACGGCCGAGAAUAGGAGCGAGUUUCUGAAUCAGUACUUAAGCGUGGGCGUUGGAAGCACAAUAUUCAUGAAGGCGAAACGAUCACUUACAAAUAGUUUUGAUAAUCUUAUGAAGAGGAAGGGUUCGCGGGACGACCUUGGUCUUGGCUCGCAUUUAAGUCACACGAGCCACCUGAACACUGUGAUAAAAAGUGGUAGCCAAAGCCCAGAUAUAUCGCGACAGCCAUCGAUAGCGGACAUAUCACCGGACUCCAGUAGACCGAGGUCAUUGAGAGUCUCGCCUGAACAGCAACUGACUGUGAAUACUGGACCAAAGAGUUCUAUGAUGGACAUUUUCCUGAAGGUGGGGAAUUCGCCAAAAAUGUCGCCAACCGAAACAGACGGCAACAACUCGGUACAGUCGAACAGCUCUUGGAGGCAAGCAAUAUUGAAUCGUGUCGUGACUCCGAAUAAAGAUCAGGAGAAGGAGAACGAUAAGUCGGGAAACAUGAUGAACAUCAUGAAGACACCCCAGACACCUGCGAAGCGUAGAACGAAACAGGAAUUGAGAGAUCUCUGGAAGAAAGCGAUUAACCAACAGUUGAUAUUAAUUAGAAUGGAAAAGGAGAACGCGAGGCUCAGGGUACGUCAAGAGGAGGCAACCGUCAAGAGAAUUAAAUUGGAAUACGACGAACUCAGCAGCUGUGCCCGUGAAUUAGUGGAAGUGUGGGAUCUUCUUGUUAGUAAAGAGUCUAGAGUCUCCACAAAGUGUGAUAAUCAAAUGCUUUUACACGCUAUAAAACAAGGUGUACCGAAAGGAAAACGAGGAGAAGUAUGGCAAUUUCUAGCCGAGCAGUUUUGCUUGAAGCAACCGCCAAUAGACACGCGCGAUUUUCCUAACUACAAUACACCGUACGAUCUACUUUUGAAGCAACUUACGUCUCAGCAACACGCUAUUCUUAUCGAUCUGGGGCGAACAUUUCCAAAUCAUCCGUAUUUUAGUUCAGCCUUGGGGCCUGGACAGUUGGCAUUGUUCAACUUAUUGAAAGCUUACUCUCUUCUGGACCAUGAAGUCGGUUACUGUCAAGGACUCAGUUUCGUUGCUGGUGUUCUUUUACUGCACAUGUCCGAGGAUCAAGCGUUCUUCUUGUUGCGCCAUCUUAUGUUCCGUAGAGGUCUACGGAAAUUAUACCUUCCUGACAUGGCGGCGUUACAACUGUACUUAUACCAAUUGUCCAGAUUAUUACACGAUAGGUUACCGGCGAUUUAUAAUCAUUUCGACAAGCACGAGGUCUCGCCCACAUUAUACGCGGCCCCGUGGUUGCUGACUUUAUUCGCUAGCCAAUUUCCAUUGGGCUUUGUGACCAGAGUUUUUGAUUUACUCUUCCUCGAAAGCACAGAAGUACUGUUCCGGGUGUCAAUGGCAUUGUUAGAGGAACAUCAAGAACAGUUACUUCAGUGUGACAGUUUCGAAGAAAUUAUGGAGUAUCUGAAAACGCGGGUACCGGCUGUGGACAAAGAAAUUCUGGAUCGUGUAAUGAAACGCGUGUUUUAUCCGGAUCAAGAGAUCACGAAGCAACUUAAUGAGUAUAGAGUCGAGUACCAAGUGUUGCAGGAAGAAAUGAUGUCGGUGAAGCCGCAAAUCGAAAAUAUGGAGAAAUUGAAAGUUUUGAACAAGCAAUUGACGCAAGAAGUCACGCAGCUCAACGAGCAACUCGAAAUGACCAUGAGUAAUUUGCAUCGUUUGGAAACUGCCCGUUCGGUGCAACAAUCGACUCUCCUGAAAUUGGAGUCUCAAAACCGCAGUCUAGAAGUAACAGUCACGACACUUGGGGCCUUCGUUCAACAAUUAUCCGACACCCGACCGGACAUCGAAUUCCCGGGCGAGAUCCGUCGGAUAAUCGCGCAGCUCAGUCUUGCAGAGAAACGGAGGAACGUAACAGGAAGAUCCUAUCCUCUGAAAGUAAUCGAGGACAAUAAUAAAUUCGGAAUGAUUAAGAGUAAUUCUACAGGCAGAGAGUCCCACAACUUCUUGAAGAACAAUAACACGGUGGACGCGCCUUAUCCAUUGAAGUCGACCUUGAGCCAACCGAAUCUGGCUACCAAGCUCGAAAGGAUGUCGUCGUUCUUCUCCAACUCGCACAAUCAUAUACAAAAGCAACGAGCACAAUUGGCCACACUCAGAAACGAAUACUCGAUCGAGCAACCGGCCCGGAACGACGAAAACGAUCCAAAAACGGUGAAUAUAGACAUUCAAAUCACUGACACGAUGACUCCAACCAAUGAACAGGUAAUCCAACACGACAACACCCUGAAGAUCCAAUUGGAGAACAUGGAAAAGUCGAUUUCCUUGCCGUUGAACGCCCGGAUGAAGUUGAAGUCGUCGAAAUCUGCGUACGAAUUGGGAUCGGUUAAGAAAGUGCCGACUACCAAGUUGGAAGUCACGAAUGACGAUGACACGGCGAAUUUAACGGGCACGAUGCAUCCUCUCGAUACUUGCAGCGACGUGAACUUCAAAUAUGGCGGAACGACUAAACUGAAGUCCAUUAAGUCCACCAGACUUCCAAGUCCGAGCGGGCAAGAAGACAGCAGCGUCCACAAGAACGCUCAGAAUCAGAACGUAGAGACGUUGAACAGAUAACAAUUACUUAUGAUGUUAUGCUCGAGGAAGAUACCUUGGAAGGUGACUUCCUUGAGGAAAGUAUAUCCGACAAACUAAUAAUGAACAAGUAUACAACGUGUUUAGUACUGUGUUACUCACUUAUAAGAGCGUUUCAUUUAUUCUGUCCACUUGAAAUAUCUUUGUUGUUUUAAUGCUAUGAAAAAGUACGUAUGAAACACAUCAUUUGUUUCAAAGAGAUAAAUAUUACAGUUACUAACACUUUGUUUUAAAAGUAAAUUCUAAUAUUCGUUUCUUUGAAUAAUGAAAUCUUUCUCUUGUACGAUUUUUCAUAUCAUUAAAAAACAUUGAAAUAUACAAGUGCUCGAGAUAAGUAAACCGCUCUGUAUAGACACACACACACACACACACACACACACACAUAAACUUUUGAUACGACGAUCGAUUUUCAUUUUUUAACAAAUGUUACCUUUGCGGAUUGUCGACCGAACCGCUCAGGGUCAUCCACACUUCCCUUUUAUGAUACUUAUACCAAUGAUUUUAAUACCUUAUCGCGAAUGCAAGAGUAGAGAGAA